UGAGACCCCGCCCAUUCAACUGUGUCCUUUAUAGUGGACAUGUUGUUAAUCUGUAUAUUCUUUUAUUUUUUUGAGUUACCAUAUAAAGCUCUGCAGUACUCUUUAGAGGACAUCCUGGGCUUUCCAGUGAUGUGUCAUGUGAUAGGUUUGCAUGCUGGGAAKUCACUUUUUCUUUUCAGUCAAAAUGGCUGGCAUACAAACAACCACAUUUUAUGCAAAGAGAAAAGGAGAAAGAAGUGAAGCAGAGAAGAUUUUAUACCGAAUAGUAGAGGGAGAUUCAGAUUUGGGACUGUCAGAUGAGGAUGAGCCUGGGACAGGAGAAGAUGUUCAAGAAGAAGUAGGUGAAGAAGGAGAGGAAGAAGAUGCAGGGGUAUCUGAUGAGGAAACAGACUCAGAGCCAGAAAUGGAGCAGGAAAGUCGUCGAGCUUUGUGGGCCAGGACUACCUUAUACACACCUGUGCUACCUGGGCUUCCUGUCUAUCAAGAUGACCCUAAAAUCCGAGAACACUYGAGUCCAAUACAAUACUUUUCGCAGUACAUUGAUGACAAAAUCUUUGAAGAUUUGGCAGCUUUUACAAACCAAAGACAGCUGCAAACUACAGGAGUGUCACUAAAUACUACUGCCCAAGAAAUCAAGAUUUUCUUUGGUAUAUCAGUACACAUGGCCUGCCUUGGCUAUCCCAGAGUGAAAAUGUUUUGGGCCAAAAAAACUGAAGUGCCAGUUAUUAGCAAGAAAAUGACAAGGGAUAGGUUCUACAAGCUGAGAAGCUCACUCAAGAUUGUUGAUGAUCUGAAUGUAGGAGAAGAAACAAAGGAGUCAGACAUUCUUUGGAGAGUCAGACCAUUGCUUGACCGUGUGAAGCAAGGCUGUCUCAGCCUUCCAAGGUAUAACAAGGUCUGCAUUGAUGAGCAAAUCAUCCCUUUCACAGGGCGCUGUCCAGUCAGGCAAUAUGUCCCUGGCAAGCCAAAUCCUACUGGCCUAAAAGUCUUUGUCCUUGCCACUCCAAAUGGCUUGGUGUUGGAUUUUGAGGUGUACCAAGGGAAAAAUACAUUCAGGGGCCAACGGUUGGGAGUUGGAGCUUCAGCAGUUUUGCGACUGGUUGAAUCUGUUCCUACAGGAACUUGUGUAUUCUUUGAUCGAUAUUUCACAACUAUCGAUCUCAUGGAUGCUUUGCUUGCAAAGGGUCUUCCAGCAACUGGAACAAUAAUGAAGAACCGAGUACCAAAGGCAUGUCAGCUACCAGGAGACAAGCAGUUACYAAAAGAAGGGAGAGGAGCAUCUGUGACGGUUGUCCGGAGGAGGCCAGAGCUGGCAGUCACCAAAUGGUUUGACAAUAAAUCAGUUCUGAUGGCUUCCACUGUGUAUGGGAAAGAUCCAGAAGAUAUCUGUAGCAGAUGGUCCAACAAAGAAAAAGCUCAUGUCCAGGUGCGACGACCAGCAGUGAUCAGAGAAUACAAUGACAACAUGGGUGGUGUAGACUUGUGUGACAGAAUGCUGAGCUUUUAUCGCAUGUCAACCAGGACCAAGAAAUGGACAUCACYUGUGAUCAUGCAUUUCUUUGAUGUUGCCAUCGCAAAUGCUUGGAUCCAAUACAAGUCUGACAGUAAAGCGCUCAGUCGAUCAGUUAAAAACACCCAACAGUACCUGGACUUCAAAUUGCACCUGGCUGAAGAGCUUUUGGAUAGUCAUUCAUUUGAUGACCGCAGUGAAGACAGUGAAGAAGAGUAUCAGCCACCAGCCAAAACAAGAAUCCCUCAACCASAGCCAUCUGUACGCAGACUAGGGGCCAGGCACAUGCCAGAGAUGGUGGACAUCAAGCAWGCUGAAAGAUGCAGGAAUAAGGGCUGCAAUGGCAAGACAUACAUGAGGUGUACUAAAUGCAAGAUGUUUCUCUGCAUCACCAAAAAGAAAACAUGCUUCCAGGAUUACCACCGCUAAAAACUAGUAGCUGCUCAUGCUCAUUUUUACUGUUCAGCUAAAAACAAAGGCAACUGUUGAGCUUUCAAGCAACAGAAUGAAAAGAAAUMRAGCUUUUUGAUCAAACKAUAAAGGUUCUACUGGUAAUAUCAUUCUAAAUCAAUAAUCUGUUAUUUUUUUUAUUUUUCUAAAUUCUGUUGUACUUUCACACUAAAAUAAUCCUGUUGUCAACUACAGAGGACAUGUUGUAAAAUUAAAAAUAAAAAUAAUUUGGAAAAAAUUUAAA